UCUGCUCGCUGCAGCUCCCGCUUCACGCCGCUCCCCACAGGCUGUGCCCCACCCAUUCCCUAGACCAGCCCCCAAGCCGCCCCAUGCCCUAAGCUGCAACCUGCCCCGCACUCCGCCAACAGCCCGGCCGCUGGCCGGGGGCUCUGAGAGCUGGGCUGAACCCGGGGCCAGCAGCGGGGCUCGGGUCAGAAGCUGCGAGGUGCCCGGGUCUCGACCCCCCCCCGGACAGGCCACUCCGGGGCGCAGCGUCCUGGGCUGGACCAUGCGCUCCGGGCCCUGCCUGCUGCAGCGCCCCAGCCCGUCGCGGAGCCGAGCUGCGGGGGUGACAUCGGCCCCGCUCCGGGACCCCGGCUCCCAGGGCGAGAAGUACGUGGUGCUGAAGCGACGCUACCAGGAAGCAGUGCCUGGCCUGCUGGAGGGCGCGCGGGCAGAGCCAGCUGAAGGGCCUGCAAUGCCCCACAUCCUGGUCACUGAUGUCAGUGCUUCGCCUGCGUCGGAGCAGGACACCUCCGAAGAUGGAGGGAGCAGCCUGGGCUCCAACCCUGUGGCGCUGGACCUGGUGGAGAAGGAGUGGCUGCAGGGGGCAGCCAGUGGGCACCUGCUCACUCUGAGUCACCUGCUCAAACAGGAGCCAUCCCUGGCCACCAGGAAGGACUUCAUCUCGGGGGUUUUGGCUGCCGUCCCCCACGUUGGACCAGUGCUGUGCUGGCUCCGAGGGCCCCGUGCAAUGCUUCUAACACGUCUCCUUCUCUGCCCGACACUGCUGCCCGUCCCUGCUGGCGCUGCCACCCGUCUCGGCUGGGAGCAGUUUACAGCGCUGCACUGGGCAGCCAAACACGGCAAGGAGGACAUGGCCUCGCUGCUGGUGGCUGCAGGCGCCGAUGUCAACAUGCGAGCACACGGCGGCUACACCCCCCUGCAUAUUGCCGCACUGCAUGGGCACCGCCAGGUCAUGGACCUGCUCGUCCGGAGCUACGGUGCCAAGCAGAAUGUGUGGGAUUACAGCGGGCACCUGGCCAGGCACUACCUGAGAGCAGAGAAGCCCCUGGACAGAGCUGCCACGAUGCCCCAGCUGCCAGCGAUGCACGGCAGGAACAGGGCGCUGGCCUGCCUGCUCUUGCCCAAGGGCAGCGUCCAGGCCCGGAAGCGCUGGGGCUCUGCCGAGGACCUGAUGGAGGAGGAGCGGGGGCAGGUGCAGCACCUCACCGUGCCAGCCUCGUACCGCACCGUGCGCAAGUUCUCCCGCUAGUGAGCCGGCUCCUGGCCCCUGCCAGCCCCGUCCCCCGUCCCACCCGCUGCCGGGGGGCUCAGGCUGCCCCAAGUGCGCAGGGCCUGGGGAAGGGCAGUGGAUGGGCCCUGCUAGCGACUGCUCGGUUGCAGCAGGGGCAAGAGACGCCGUGUUUCCCAAAGUUCAUAUUAACACAGCCCCUCCCCCAUCCAGAGGCCCCUCAGUCCUGACCUGCAGCCCCUGCUGUCCUGCCCUGGUGAUUCCCGUGUCCCCCGUGGUGCCGACCAUCACCCUCGUGGUGGGGCUCGCUCGGUUACAGCCCGGCUGCACCUUGCCCCUGCCGCACUCUGCUUUUUUCUAAUGGAUCCUGACACUGAAAUAAAACACUACGUGCA